UCGAAAAGUCAAUUUACCAAAAAAAAAAAAAGAAGAAAAAACUUGAAAACGUUUUAUAAAUUUUUUCCAAUAAUUUUACACAAAAAAUUCCUUAUUAGCAUUUUAAUUUAAUCAUAAGAUAAAAAUAAAAACAUUUUACAUUAAGUGUGAUCUUGAAGCAGCACGAAAAUGUCCAUAGUCGAGAGUGGAAAAGCAGUUUCCGAUAGCAGUUCCAGCGGCGGCGGCGGCGGCGGCGGCAAUGAUUGGAUUUGCGAUGAUGUUGAGUGCAAAAAUGUGAAUUUCGGCAGACGAACACAUUGCCACAAGUGCCAGCGAGAGCGUCCCGAAGUUGUCGCUAGUAGCGGCAGCGUCCCUGGCGGCGGAGCAGCUGCAGCUGCUCCCGCCGCCGCCAUUAGCACCGGUGGCGGCGGUGGUGGUGGCUCAUCCAAAAAGAAACUUGGCACUGAAAUAGGAAAGGCAGCUGCCGAGAAGUCACGUGGCCUAUUCAGCGCCGAGGACUGGCAAUGCAGCAAAUGCGCCAAUGUUAAUUGGGCCCGCCGGCAAACUUGCAACAUGUGCAACGCGCCAAAGUUCUGUGAUGUUGAAGAGAGGACCGGAUACGGUGGGGGUUAUAAUGAUCGCGGGGUCGUGGAGUAUAAAGAGCGAGAAGAGUCAGACAGCGAAUACGAUGAGUUCGGUCGUAGGAAGAAGCGCAAACAGGACGAGCGAAAGAAGCCAUCAUCAGUGCCAGAUAAACCAUCGAAAGAGAAGAAUGGGGCCAAUGCCGAUUUAGGGGGUGUUGGCAAUGACGAAGAAGAGGAAGAAGAUGACGAGGAAGACGAUGGCGAUGGGGAUCUAUCCAAAUACGAUUUGUGGGGAUCGGAUAACGAGGAAGAUACCAAACCCAAAGUGGAGACCAAAACCCGGUCCCGAUCACGAUCGAAUACGCGAUCGUCGCAUAGUUCGUCGUCAUCAUCGAAAUCAUCCUCAUCCUCUAGCUCGUCCUCUUCGUCCACAUCACACUCGACCUCUGGCGGAAGUUCUUCGUCGUCAUCUUCUUCGCCCAAAUCAAAGACCAAGUCACGUUCGUCACGUGACCGUUCGAAGACUCGAUCUCAUACGUCUUCUCGUAAAUCUCGCCGCCACAGCUCAAAGUCUCGUUCCAGGUCGACUACAUCUUCCAAAAAUCGACCUGAUCGUUCCAAAGAUCGUCGGCAGCAUCGUGGUCGAUCUCGUUCUCCUCGAUCUGGUUCUCGUUCUCGCACUCAUUCGAGGAACAUUUCGAAUUCUUCGCAUUCGACCAAAUAUAAAAAUAGAGAGGCCGAGAGUCGGUCGCCUCGUUCGACGACCUCGUCGUCGCGCCAUAAGAAACGAUCUCGCUCAAGGAGCAACUCGACCAACAAAAAGAGGCGUUAGCCACUUCUUUUUUUUAAGCUUAAACACAAACAUAAUUAAUAAUGUUUUUGCGCUGGUGUUUUAAUCUAUUUAUACGUAUAAUAUGUAACGGAUUUGAAUUUUUAGAGCCAUUUUUUCAUCCUUUUUUCCAAUAUUUCUUAUAUAUAAAAAUAAGCAAAUGCACGGUAGAUGAAUUGUUUUUUGAGUUCUCUUUUCUUUGUA